AUGGGAGGCGAAAUCCUUGAUCCGGUUCAGCAGAUGGCAAACCGAAGGCUCGGCUCUCGUAGUACGGAAAUCCUCGCUGUCGACGCAAAUAAGAACUGUACCAUCUUCCUUCGUCUGCGCGUCCAUGAUGACGAAGGUGUACGCCGCAUUGAAGCUUCGCUCCCCGUCAUCGGCACGAACAGACUCUCGGAAGAUGGUGAGAAUCUCUUCCGCCGAUUUACCAAGGAAUAUCUUCGGGAUCUCUCCGAUCAGGCUCUCUUCGUGAAUGGAAGGUCGUUCUUCCGACCGCAUAACCGCGAAGCCCGCUAG